AUGGCGAGAAUAAUCUCCAACGACGACGACGACAACAACAACAAUGAAGCUUCAGAGGUUGAUGAUACUAACGCAUCAAAAGAUGAAGGUGAAGCUAGAGGUCGUAUUAAAAAGGGGCCUUGGACGCCAGCAGAAGAUACAAUUUUGAUAGAGUACGUGAAGAAAUAUGGUGAAGGGAAUUGGAAUUCUGUGCAGAAGAAUUCUGGUUUAUUAAGGUGUGGCAAAAGUUGCAGACUUAGAUGGGCCAACCAUCUAAGGCCUAAUCUGAAAAAGGGUGCAUUUUCUUCAGAAGAAGAACAAAUCAUCAUUGAUCUUCAUGCUAAGCUUGGAAACAAAUGGGCUAGAAUGGCCGCACAGUUACCUGGGAGGACCGACAAUGAAAUAAAGAACUUUUGGAACACCAGAAUGAAAAGGCGCCAGAGAGCAGGUUUACCACUUUACCCACCAGAAGUCCAUGCAGAAGCCACUGCAUAUCACCUACAACAGCAGCAUUACUUUGAACAACCUUUCUCUUCUUCAUCUUCAUCAUUCUCUGUUCUCCUAUCUUCAUGCUACCCUAAGAAGCUCAAUGAACCAACUCAUUAUUCUGCUGCAAAUCCUCUACAGAAUCACCCUGAUUCUGCUAACUGUUUCACCAAUCCAUGUCCUCAAUUCAAGUUUUCCAAUGAAAACAGAGAAGACAGAAACCUUGCUUUGCCAUCCUCCACUCUUUUCAACCAGAGUUUUGCUAGUGGAAGCUAUAAUCAUGACUUCAUAGCAGGAUCUGAUCCAUAUGAACCCCUUCCUUUAGUGCCAGGCUCAACUACUGAGAUAUCUUCAAGCCAAACAGCACCUGGCUCGGCCACCCCUGCUUCAUCCUAUGCUAGUGGUGUUGAUGGCUUGAUGGGAGCUUCAAGCAUUGUUAAUGAUAACUAUGAAGUUGCACCAUUAUCACCUCAAGGAAACAGUGGUCUGUUGGAUGCUCUAGUAGUGGAGGCUCGAGGUCUUUCUCGCAAUGACAAGUCCAAGAGUGAGUGUUCAAGGCCUUGUAAAAGAAAAAGUAUGGCGCCUCAGGAACACACAGAGGAGGGAGGUAUUGUGCCUGCUAUGUCAGCCAUGAAGCAGAACAGUGGUGACACCACUAAUGAAACACAGAGGGAUGAUUUUAGUUCUUCUCUAUUGUCAACAGGGAAGAAACUAGCUGGCGAGGAUUCAUUGGAAGAGAUGAAUUCCAUGGACGAUGACUUGUUUAGCCUACUCAAUAAUUUUCCCUCAGAAAUGCCAAUGCCUGAGUGGUACCGUAGAGGAGAAAGUCAGUCAUUGGGACUUGAAACUCAACCCGAUACUUCACCUGACCCCACAGAUCAAGAAUUUGCUUGGACUCUCGGAACUUGCUGGAACAACAUGCCUGGCAUAUGUUAA